AUGGCACAAGCUAUUGUUUCCAUUGUUGCAGGUAGACUUGGGGACUUGCUCAUUCAGCAAGCCAGUUUCUUAGUUGGUGUGAAGGACCAAGUGGAGGAUCUAAGGGAUGAGUUGAUGUGGAUACAGAGCUUCUUGGAAGAUGUUGAUUCAAGGCAAGAUGAUGAAAGCCCUGUGGUGCGCAUUUGGGUAUCAAAAAUUAGAGAUGUGGCUUAUGACAUCGAGGACAUCAUCGACACCUACAUCCUCAAGAUUGCAGAUGAUGUUUUAGAUCAUACUCGAAGAAAGAGUCAAGUCAUGGGUUCCCUUAAGAAGUAUGCAUGCAUUUGCCAAAAGGGGGCAAACCUGUGCACUAUAGGGAAGGAGGUUGAAGAGGUCAAAACUCGGAUCCAAAAGAUUGGUGAUGAAAUGAAAAGGUAUGGCAUUCAUAGGAAAGAUGGUGGCUCACUAGGAGAUAGGAAGGGCCUUUCUCCACAAGAUAGAUUUCAAAAACUUAGAAGAUCCUCUCCUCAAGAUGAUGCUACUCUCAAAGACAUUUUUGGGUUGGACAAAAACAUAAAUGAAUUGGUAGCAAAACUAGUGUCCGACGAAGAUCAUUGCCACUCUAUUUGCAUUGCAGGAAUGGGGGGCAUUGGCAAGACUACUCUUGCCUUGAAGGUUUUCAACCAUAAAGAUGUUAAGCGCAAUUUUGAAUGUUGUGCUUGGGCGUAUGUAUCGAAAGACUUCAGUGUUAAAGAAGUCUUCAAAAGACUAAUAAAAGAAGUCAAACCGAAUCUCAGUACAGAGGAACUGCAGGAGAUGGGGAUGUUUAGUGAAGAGAUAUAUUUGGAAGAGAAGCUUCGUGAGCUAUUGAAAGAUCGUAAGUAUUUGGUGGUGCUUGAUGAUAUAUGGGAUGUGGAAGCUUGGGAGAGUCUGAAUAGAGCAUUUCCUGACAGUAAGAAAGGAAGAGUAAUUCUUACCAGUCGCAACAUUAAAGUUGCUAAAGAGAGUUUCAUUCACCAGCUACAUACUCUAAAUGAAAUGGAAAGCUGGAGGCUUUUUGUUGUUAAAGCAUUUGGCAAUGAUGAUUGCCCUGCAAAUUUAGAGUCAUCAGGGAAAGAGGUGGUGGAGAAAUGUGGUGGUUUACCACUAGCUAUCAUUGUGCUGGCUGGUCUAUUAAGGGGAAAGACACCACAAGAGUGGUUUAUGGUGAGAGAUCGCAUCGGACAACAACUGAUAAAAGAAGGCCAAGGGAAAAACAACCUCGAAAAGAUAUUGUCUUUAAGUUACAAUGAUUUACCUUAUCAGUUGAAGGCAUGUUAUCUCCAUAUAGGCUUAUUCCCAGAAGAUUAUGAGAUCCAUGUUGAGCUAUUGAUUCAUCUUUGGGUUGCAGAGGGUUUUAUAAGGUGUGGAAAAAAUGAAACAACAUUAAAAGAAGUGGGUAGAAAAUACUUGAAUGAAAUGAUCAACAGAAACAUGCUUCAAGUGGAAAAACAAGAUGACUUGGGGGAGGUUGAGAGUUGUCGAAUCCAUGACCUUCUGCGAGAGUUCUGCAUUUCAAGAGGUCAAGAAGAAAACUUUCUAGAUUAUUCUCCUCGUGUCCCCUGCUUCUCAUCAUCUUCAAUUAUGGCUUCAAAUGUAUGCAAUGCACGACGAUACGCCAUACAUUCAGGGAUCGAAAGGUACGAUUUUUCUGACUUUUCCAACUCACACCUACGUACGCUAUUGUUGUUCAAUCACAAUAGAAAAUCUCUUCAACAACAACAGCUGAAAUCCAUUUCAAAUAUCAGUUUGUUGAGGGUCCUUGCCCUAUCAUUUGUUGACCUUCAAGGUACAAGGUUGCCUGAUACCUUUGGAAAGUUGAUUCAUUUGAGGUACUUGAGAUUGUUUUACACAAAAGCAAAGCUUCCAUCAUCCAUAGAGAGCUUGCAGAGCCUACAAACCUUAGACUUAGUAGGAAGUGAAUGCCAUUGGUCUGAUAUAGCUAUUGGUGCUUUAUCCAAGCUCUCACAAUUAAGACACUUGCUUUUCAGUGACAAAUACUGGAAUGAUUUGGAUAGAGAUGUUGUUGCUUUGCCAAGAAUUGGUACCUUAGCAAACCUCCAAACUGUGAGGCCUUUGGAUGCCCUUGUUUGGAAACAAAAUGAGAUGACCAAUUUGAUCAAUCUCAGAGAUCUUAAGAUAAUAAAAAUAAAGGCAUCAGAUGUGGAUUCUGUGUUGUCAUCAAUUACAAAGUUGGACAGAAUUCAAUCAUUGGAAUUGGAACUAUCAACUUAUUGGUCAUCUUCAGAGGAUGCAUUCCCAACUUUGGCACCCUUGUCUCAUUGUCAUCAACUUCAAGCUCUAACCUUGUCAGGAAAGAUAGAAAGGCUACCAGAAGAUCCUUACCAUGAAUUCCCACCCAGAUUGACUGAAUUAAAGUUAUGGAAUUCAAGGCUGAGGCCAGAUGCAAUGACCACAUUGGAAAAAUUGCCCAACUUGAUGUCCCUCUCUUUACUCAAUAGCUCAUUCAUGGGAAAGAAAAUAGUUUGUUCUGUAGAAGGGUUUCCCCAACUCCGUAUCUUAAAGAUAUACCACUUAGAAACAGAGGAGUGGGAAAUCAAGGAAGGGGCAUUACCAAAGCUUAACCGUCUUUGUAUUUUGGGUUGCUAUAAGUUGAAGAAGAUACCUUUGGGAUUGAGGUUUGUUGCCUCCCUCCAGGUGUUGGAACUGGGUGAUAUGUCUAACGAAUUUUGGGUCAGAUUCGAUAGAUUAGGGGAGGAUGCCCAUGAAAUCGGACACAUACCCUCCAUAGAUACUAGUACCUCAUCUUCCAAUGGCCAAUUGGAAGGAAUCAUUUCACGGAAGAAGAACAGGUACUACUAGCAUACUUACGCUAUCGAUUGGCGACUUUUUGGCAUUUUCAGUAAUUUUUUUUUUUCCCAUUUUUUUAUGUAUUUAA